CGCUCCCCAAGGCCAAGAGGAAAGAUGAGCGUCACCCUUUUGGUCGCAGACGCCGUCUGGUCGAAUAUCGAAUCUACCGGCUCUGUAACUGAAGAACAGCUCUCAGUCUUGCAUUUGUUGUUUGGAAAGAAUCUGGAGAAAGCAACCAGAAUAAUCGACAAAAGAGGCGUGAAGAAAAUCUCUGGCCUACCCAGUGGACGAUCUAUCUUUCAGGUUGUGGGAGAAUCUCAAAAGAGGGAAGAGUAUCUCUGUUUCCCAGGAGAUUACUGUGGAUGCUAUUCUUUCUUCUAUGAUGUUGUUAGCAGAGGAGAGCAACAAUGUUGUAAACAUCAAUUGGCUGCGAGGCUGGCUUCUUCUCUAGGUACAUACAGCGAAAUCGAGGUCUCAGAUGAGCACCUUGCCUUGAUGCUCUCAAAGAUCUAAACUUUUCAAUACAUAAGCUACUGGUUAUGUCUCAAGACACAGGCAUGCGUGCUCGCAAUCUCCUGUGGUCAAGAUUCCUCAUAACUUUGUUGAACAAUUUUGCAUCAUUCUUGGUCCUUAUUUGUGUAAGCCUUUCGGUAGUUGUAAUAUAUAACUCUUUUACUUUUAACAUACGGAGGUCUUAA